AUGGGCAUCGCCAAACGCCUGAGCUCGGUGGGGGCGGAGAACACGGAGGAGAACCGGCGCUGGUACCGGCAGCUGCUCUUCACCGCUGACAGCCGGGUGGACAACUGCAUCGGUGGGGUCAUCCUCUUCCACGAGACGCUCUACCAGAAGGCGGACGAUGGGCGUCCCUUCCCCCAGGUCAUCCGCGGCAAGGGCGCCCUCGUCGGCAUCAAGAACGGCAUCGUCCCCAUCGUGGAGCCCGAGAUCCUCCCGGACGGUGACCACGACCUGAAACACUGCCAGUACGUGACCGAGAAGGUGUUGGCAGCCGUCUACAAGGCGCUGAGCGACCACCACGUGUACCUGGAGGGGACCCUGCUGAAGCCCAACAUGGUGACGCCAGGCCACGCCUGCACCAAGAAGUACAGCCCUGAGGAGAUCGCCAUGGCCACCGUCACCGCCCUGCGCCGCACCGUGCCACCCGCCGUCCCCGCGUGGGCCGGCCGGCGGGACAACACCAAGGCGGCCCAGGAGGAGUACGUCAAGAGGGCCCUGGUUGGGGGAGACGUCCCCGAGACCAACUACCUGUUCAUGGGAGACUUCGUGGAUCGGGGUUUCUACAGCGUCGAGACCUUCCUGCUGCUGCUGGCCCUCAAGGUGCGCUAUCCCGACCGCAUCACGCUGAUCCGGGGCAACCACGAGAGCCGCCAAAUCACCCAAGUCUACGGGUUUUAUGACGAGUGCUUGCGCAAGUACGGCUCCGUCACCGUUUGGCGCUACUGCACCGAGAUCUUCGACUACCUCAGCCUCUCCGCCAUCAUUGACGGCAAGAUCUUCUGUGUGCACGGGGGCCUCUCGCCCUCCAUCCAGACGCUGGACCAGAUCCGCACCAUCGACCGCAAGCAGGAGGUGCCCCACGACGGCCCCAUGUGCGACCUCCUCUGGUCCGACCCCGAGGACACGACGGGCUGGGGCGUGUCCCCGCGGGGGGCCGGCUACUUGUUCGGCAGCGAUGUGGUGGCCCAGUUCAACGCCUCGAACGACAUCGACAUGAUCUGCCGCGCCCACCAGCUCGUCAUGGAGGGCUACAAGUGGCACUUCAACGAGACCGUGCUCACCGUCUGGUCUGCCCCCAACUACUGCUACAGGUGUGGGAACGUGGCGGCCAUCUUGGAGCUGGACGAGCACCUGCAGAAGGAGUUCAUCAUCUUCGAGGCGGCGCCGCAGGAGACGCGGGGGAUCCCCUCCAAGAAACCGGUGGCCGAUUAUUUCCUGUGA